AUGUCCUGUCCUGGUCGGUACUUUGCUGUGCACUCGAUCAAGGCGAUUGUGGUCGGGUUGUUGUUACGGUAUGAUGUUGAGUUUGAGAAGAAGGAUGGGGAGGAGCGGGGGAGGCCGCGGAAUGUUCAGGCGGGCAAUGUUAUUAUUCCUGAUCCGAGUGUGAUGGUGAGGGUUCGGGCGAGGGGGUAG